UCACUCUUCCCCCGUCUUCGUCGCCACUUCAAUUCUUCAACGCCUCCAGUCGGCCCCCAGCGACGCGAUCGCCCAAAUCCCGCCGGCCCGAUGCCCGCCGCCGUGGCCGCCGCGGCGGCGGUCGCAGCCUCGGGCGGCGCGCUCCUAGUAUACCUGCUCAUCACCACCUGCCGGCCGCCGGGCGCCGAGGGGCCGGCGUCGGCGGAGGAGGAGGCGUCGCGGCCGGAGGACGGCGAGGGUCCCUGGCCGCACAGCCCUCCCGUAUCGUGCUGCGAGGCCGCGUCGGUGGCCGCGCGCACGGCGCGCCGGGCGUGGGAGCUCACCGUCGGCCGGUGGGGCCUCCACGGCCUCGCCUUCGGGAUCAAGCGCCACAUGAAGCGCCAGGGUAAUUUGCAGCAUGAGUAUAGUGGAAGUGACUGCCUUCAACUAAAAGGUCACGAUGCACAUACUGAAGUAGCUUAUCUUCUUGACCACCUGAAGCUUUGCAUGUUCUACUCAAAGAAUAGGUUUUCUGAAUUUCUGAAGUUUGGUGGGUACAGUCAAGAAGACGUUCUCAUCCACAAGUCUAGGGCGAGGCUUAUGCAGCCUUCCUUCGUACUUGUGCGUGACCAAAAAGCCAAGUGUUUUCUUCUUUUCAUCCGCGGUGCUAUCAGUCCUAAGGAGCGCCUGACAGCAGCAAGUUCUGUUGAAGUUCCUUUCCACCAUAUAGUUCUGAAUGAAGGACAGAUUGACAACGUAAUUUUAGGGUAUGCACAUUGUGGAAUGCUUGCUGCAGCUCGUUGGAUCGCUAACCUUGCCAUGCCCCCUCUUCGCAAUGCAGUACGAGAAUUUCCUGACUACCAAAUAAAGGUCAUUGGACACUCAAUGGGAGCAGGCAUUGGAGCAAUUCUGACAUAUAUUCUUCGUGAGCAUCAUGAUUUUACAUCAUGCACAUGUCUGGCCUUUGGUCCUGCUGCCUGUAUGACAUGGGAGCUGGCGGAAUCAGGCAAAGAUUUCAUCACUUCUCUUGUCAACAGAGAUGAUGUGGUGCCAGCACUUUCGAAAGUUGCUAUGGAGAGCUUGCGAUCUGAGGUAAUGGUAUCAUCGAAGCUGGAUGAUCUGCAGGAUCAAGAUCACCUUAGUUUAUUCGCGAAAAUAAGUCAGCGUAUAGCUUUUGCGAAGUCUCACAUGCUGUCCAUCUCUCAUUCAACGGGAAAGACUGGAGAUCCCAACUCUAGCAUUUCUGAGCCCUUACUGAAAGAAGCAGUAGAAAUCACACACUCUGAAGAAAAUGGGCUGAAGAUUAACUGUAUCCAUGAAGCAUAUUUCGUGGCAAAUCCAGAACAUGACCUUUCAGUUGUAUCUGUCGACGCUUCUGAAGAACGGGUCAUACUAGUUAACAAUGAUGAUGAUGUCAGUGUCGAGGCUGCUGCUGGGUCAGCAGUAUCUGCAUCACAAGGGGAUGUUGAAAGCAACGCAACAUUGGACACCGAGCAAGCGGCGUCGACAGCAAAGGAAGAAGCGUCCCAGAAUCUGAACGGUAGCGGUAAAGAAAAACAGAAAGAAUCACCGUCCGCCCCUGCACUGCGCCAACUUUUCCCUCCCGGGAGAAUUAUUCAUAUGGUCGCGCAGCCCUCACCGGACCGGAAUCCUGGAGAAGGCACCAGCAGCAAGGAGGCCAUCAGUAUAUAUGAAACGCCAAGAGAAUUGUAUGGCAGAAUAAGGCUCGCGCCAAAUAUGAUAGACGAGCAUUACAUGCCUAGUUACAUAAGUACAAUGGAGUUAUUGUUGGAACAGCUUCAGAGCGAUAACAUUGUAAGUACAGCACCAGAUGAUUCGUGAAACUGUUGUAGAACUCAGUCAUGGUUAUAUCCAAUUCUUUUAUAUCAAUGGAAAUAUGGUCUCGAUGAGCA